AUGCUGCUAUUUUGUCCAACUUGCGGCAAUCUAUUAUUGGUCGAAGAAAGUGCGAAUUGCUUACGAUUUUCGUGUGGUACAUGCCCUUACAUCAGUAACAUAUCACGAGUGGUGAAAUCGCGUAAUUAUCCGAAGUUGAAGGAGGUUGAUGCGGUUAUGGGUGGUUCGGCUGCAUGGGAGAACGUUGAUUCAACAGACGCUGUUUGUCCUGCCUGCAAUCACGGUCGAGCCUAUUUCAUGCAAAUGCAAACCCGGUCAGCUGACGAACCGAUGACAACAUUUUACAAAUGCUGCAACGCAUUGUGCGCCCACAAUUGGCGUGAUUAA